AUGUCCUCCAGCGCUCCUGCCACCUGGGCCUGCGCGCAAUGCUCCUCCACCUUCGACAAGUCGAAACUCCUCGAACGCCAUGCGCUACAAACCUCACACAAGGCAUACAAGUGUUCGAAAUGCCCCAAGACGUUCGGCAAGCGCACAGCGCUGAUAAGACACAAUACCACACAUUCGGAUGUCAAGAGUCACGCCUGUCGGGUUUGCGGGAAGGCAUUCCACCGCAAAGACCAUUGCGCGGAACACGAGGAGGUGUGCACACAUCGCUUGGCUGUGGAGACGAGAGAACGCCUCUCUGCGAGUUUGGCAGGUCGUGCUUCCACCUCCAACGACAACGUUAUCGCGACGAGUGAGAACACUUCUCCAACACUUCCCCCGGGCCAGACCAUCAGCCAUGCCACUGAUAGUCGCAAGAGAUAUCGCGAAGUGGACGGGGAUGGAGAUCGGUCAGGCUCUUCGUCUGAGACUCCGGCGGUCGAUCUGCGUCAUACCCCUCGACCGGAGCUGCAAGAACUCAGGACAUCGGAGCCAGACCAGGCGAGUCGACACAAUGAAGCCGACAUCCUCGAAAAUGCCGGACAGAAUGUGUCGCACACUGAGGGCCCACUGCCUGAGGCUUUGCUGCAACCGUAUCCUGCCUUGAGAGACAUUGAUUCGAGAGCGACUCCGAUUUAUGUACCACCUGUGCAUGGAAAUUUUCCCAACUUCAGUUUCUACACAUGCCCCUAUCACGGAUGUACCCAUAUUUUCUCCAGUCCUGCAAAUGUUGAGAUACACGAGCGAGAAUACCAUCGAGCUACGGUAGCGAACACGAGAGAAUCUGAGACCGAUGACGACUAUCUCCGCUCUUCGCAGGUGGAUAUGGAUUCGCAGACUCGCCGAACUUCUCGUUUGCCUUUGCUUGAGUUCGUACCGCCAAACAUAUUCGCUCGAAACAACGGUCUCUAUUCGUGUGCAUAUCAUGGAUGUGCGCAGCGCUUUAGCAGUCAUGAAGAUUAUCAGAGGCACUACCGAGAGCAUCAUGACCCACACAAUAAUGCACCGCCUUCCUCUCAGACAAUGGAUUCCCAAGGCGCGGUAACCGACUCUGCCGCUGACUUCCCGGCUCACUUGGUGCCAAUGGAGACAUCACUCAGAGAGCAACUGCCGGUGAAGACCAAUCUCUUUGCCAUCAAGGAAACUAUGUGGACCCGGAGGCCACGCAUCUUCGUGGUCGAGGAGCGCGAAGGGGUCGUGUCGUGGAUCCUCAGCGGCUUCGACUGUUCUGUCAACACAGGCUUCUUUGCCCGGGAAAUCGUCUUAUAUUUGGGCUCCGGUACCAUUGAUCCUCACGAUCUGAUCUUCAUAGAUGCCAGCGUGGGAAUCUUGAGAUGGGCGGAAGCGAUAAACGUCAUACGACAGAUAGAACAGACAAAGUCGAUCCCGAUCAUCCUGAUGACUCCCAACAUACGCUCGGACGCCAUCAGCUCGUACUUCAAACAUGGCGCGUCGGAUGUGUUGCCCAAGCCUUUUGAAAGAGAAGAUGUUUUCAGGAUGUUGGAAAAGCAUUUGGCGCAUCUGAUAAAAGAGGAUUGA